AAAACCGAAGUUCUGCCUUUCACUGUCCGCAAGCUUAAGCAAAAACUCCUCCUGAUAGCGUCUUAGAAGCAGCUCAAUACUACUACAUCGACACUUUAGCACAACUACUGAACAGCACUCGGUAGAAGAGUCGUUCGCUGGGAGCUACAAUGACGGGUGACGAAGCGUCUUCACCUACUCUUACCGCGACGCCUUCGAAAAAGCGGGCUUUCGUUUCUGCUCCUCCUGAUAGAGGCGGCUACCAUAACUUGAGUCUGUAUGGUGAACACAAACGCGCUGUUUCUUCCGUCAAGUUUGCUCCGGAUCGCUUAUGCAAGAGCUCUCAUGCCUUGUGUGCUUCCGCGAGCGCGGAUGGUUCCGUAAGGCUGUGGGAUCUGUCGCAGGAUAUGUACGAAAGCCUCCCAACGAUGACAACUUCGACGACUGUCGUGGGGGAUGCGCCGCUCGCAUCCGCUACUAAACAGCUGCAACCGGUAGUCACUUGCCUCGGGCAUUCGCGAGGCAUCAACGAAGUGUGUUGGAAUCCCACAUCCCCUCUACUCGCGACCGCUAGCGACGACAAAACCAUUCGCGUGUGGGACGCUGUCACGGGUGACGCGCUCGUGGAAUUUCGUGGCCACGACAAUUUUGUCUUUUGUGUCGAUCAGAAGCAAUCCAUGUUGGUGUCCGGUUCAUUCGACGAAACGGUCAAACUCUGGGACGUUCGUUCGGGUGAGUGUGUAAGUACACUGCCCGCGCACUCGGACCCAGUCACGGCCGUUUCCUUCAAUCGGGACGGAACCUGUGUCUGCAGCGCCUCGCACGAUGGCUUGAUCCGUAUAUGGGACGUGGCGACGGGUGAAUGCCUGAAAACAAUUUACGCUGCUAAAAAUCCGCCUGUUUCGCACAUCACCUACAGCCCCAACGGUAAAUACGUAUUGGCGGGAACGCUGGAUUCAAUGCUACGUUUGUGGCCGGUGAACCGGAUUGGCAGCAGCAAAUGCGCCAAAACAUACCAAAGUGAGCUGCAUCACGUUAACAACAAGUACUCGGUUGUGUCAACGUUCACGUACGAUGGGAAUAUUGUGACGGGAAGCGAAACGGGCAAGAUUUGUUUGUAUGAUUUGCAAUCUCGACAAAUUCAGCAAGUGCUGGAAUGUCACGAAGGACCUGUCUUGGCAGUGGCCGCCCACGACAAGUUGCCUCUGCUGGCUUCGGGCGGCAUGACGGCCGACCGGCGGGUCGAAUUUUGGGCUAAACCGCCGCAAGGGAUGGAUGGGCAACCCGCAAUCAAGAGAGCGAGAGACUAAGUUUCAGCUGUAUUCUAUAGAGCUGUCUCACUGUAU